AUAGCAACCAAAACAACAAUUAAAAGAAAAUAAACAAACAAACACGUAAAAAUCAUGGAAUCAAAUCAACCAAUUCUCUCUCUUUUUAAUAAUGGCAAAUUUUUGAUCAUCAUCUUCAUCUCAUUUUACGUCAAUCUUUGCCAUGCAAACCCUAGAACUGAAUUGGCCGGAAGUAUAUGCGGAAAAGAACACGUCCAAAACGUAUCGAAUUACUUCAAGUACUACUCAGUCAUCGCAGAUUACAUGCAAGAUGAAAUUUAUCGGAAUCAGUUUGCAUUUAAAGAUGUAGGGAAGCCACCCGAUCGGUUGUUUGUUCUUGCUCAAUGUAUGGAUGAUCUCUCCGCCGACGAAUGUGCCGUCUGCUUUACGCAGAUCAAUACGCUAAUCCCCGCUUGUUUUCCGCAUACCGGUGGCCGUGUUUAUCUCGGUGGCUGUUUUAUUCGAGCUGAGAAUUAUAGUUUCUAUCGUGAAGCGUUGGGGCCUCUCGAUACUAAAAAAUGUGGGACUAUUGAAAACACUGCACAUGGAUUUAGAGAAUCAGUAGAGAGAGUGCUACAGGAUUUAUUACUGAAAGCACCGACAGCAGGACCGGCUCAGCGAGGCUUUGCAACUAAGCAUGAGACUUCACACGGCAUCACAGCUUACGGUUUGGCGAGUUGCUGGAAGAUUUUGGACUCGGAUUUGUGCUAUACAUGCCUUUCGGAUGCAAUCUCAUCCGCCUUGUCUUGCCUUCCAUCCACCGAAGCCUACGUGCUUAAUGCUGGCUGUUUCCUCCAAUAUUCUGAUUAUGAAUUUUCAAAUGAUUCUUCUGGUGACACGGGAGUGGAAAUAUAUAAAUACAUCGCGUACAUAUGUGGCAUUGUUUUAGUCUGCAUAGCAGCAUUAGGGAUUGGACUAUGUGUUGGUAGACAUACAUACAGAAGAAAGAAUUCCGCGAAAGAAAUAAAAAGAAUGGAGGAUCUAUUAUUACUCGACGAAGGCAGGCAGUUCUUGCAGUUUAAGUACGCAACAAUACGAUCAGCAACAGAGAAUUUCAGGGAAUCUCUUAAGCUUGGCCAUGGAGGAUUUGGUGAAGUAUAUAAAGGCACCUUACCAGACGGAAGAGAAAUUGCAAUAAAGCGUUUAUACGUUGGUAGAAAGAAUCGCGUUCAAGAGAUUUGCAACGAAAUGGACAUUAUUAGUAGAGCACAGCACAAGAACUUGGUGCGGUUUCUUGGAUGCUGCUUCACAAGUGUUGAUAGCUUUCUUGUCUAUGAAUAUCUAGCUAAUAGAAGCCUCGAUCUCGCUCUAUUUGAUCCAGAAAAGAAGAAAGAACUCUGUUGGAAACGCCGGCUAUUCAUCAUCACAGGCGCAGCGGAAGGUUUAGAGUAUCUCCAUAAGGACUGCCAAAUAAGGAUUAUUCAUCGAGACAUUAAAGCUAGCAAUGUAUUAUUGGACUUGAAAUAUAAAGCAAAGAUUUCUGAUUUCGGACUCGCCAGAUUCUAUUCUUGCGAUCAUUCCUUGAUCAACACAGCAAUUGCUGGAACAUUAGGUUACAUGGCUCCUGAAUACAUUGCGAAGGGGCGAUUAACUGAGAAAGUUGAUGUGUAUAGCUUCGGAGUUCUUGUGAUCGAAAUAGUAACAGGCGUAGAAAACAACAAGCAUCAAUCCGAUGAUCUUUACGAAACCUUAGUUACCCUGGCAUGGAAGCACUUUCAAUCAAACUCGAUACGCGAAAUUGUAGAUAAAAGUAUGGAGAUAGAAGAUGUGGAAGAGAUUGAAAGAGUGGUUCAAAUAGGACUAUUAUGCACUCAAGAAUCUCCAAAUUUAAGACCAACAAUGACAGAAGUAUUGCACAUGCUUAGAAGAAAAGAUGUCGAUUUGCCGCAGCCAUCGAAGCCUCCGUUCACUGAUGAACUUAUGGAAUUACAUUAUUUAGGCUCUGGAUAUCAACGAACACAUUCUGUUUCUGAUUCUUUUACCAGUUAGUCUCAUUGUACAUAUAACCAAACUUUUAGCUUAACCAGCACAGAAUUUUUCUUUUCAUUAUGAGUUCUGAACACAUUGAACAGGUAAAUAGAUUCUUGAAAUUCAUUACAUUUGCCUAUGAUGGAGGAAUAAAUGCAAGCCUAAAGACAGGCUCAGUAGCAGGACUUGCAAGAAAUGCUGCUGGGGUAAUUUUGGGUAACUUUGUAAACUCUUUUAGGGGAGUCUGGGACCUAGGAAUCCUGGAAUUUAUGGCCCUUAGUAUGGGCAAAACAUCAGGAUUGGCGUAAGGUGAUUUUCGAAGGAGAUGCCGUUCAGGUCUCCAACUUUGUCAACUCAGAAGAGUACUUGGUGGGAGAUGGUUGGGGUUUCUGUCAAGGUUCCGCCGUUGUAGUUUCUUAAAUACUUAGGUCGCUUAGUUCUUUACUUUGUAAUCUGAAAAAAAAUUCAAAAAACGAGUCUAGAAAUAAAAUAUUUGAUU